AUGGAGCUGACGCUCGAGGCCGUGGCCACGGACACCUUCCGCCGCGACUUCUUCCUGCGCUGCUUCCCGGAGCGAGAGGCGCAGGCGCUGGAGCUGCGCUUCGCCUUCCUGCACCGCGUGCGCCAGUACAAGCGGCUCGUGGGCAGACGCGACCUGCUCCCGCGCGCCGCCAAGGACAUCGCGGCCUCGUACCUGCAGCAGGUCGAGUCCACCAACCAGCUGCUGCUGCCUCCAGCCGCCGAGCCGCUGCGCGCGCGCGUGCUGGCCGCCGUGGCUGCGGGGCACUGCCCGCUGGGCCUGUUCAAUGGGGUGGAGACGCUCGUGCGCGAGCUCAUGACACGCGACGCCUUCCCGCAGUUCCUGCGCAGCCGCGAGUACUCGGAGCUGUGCGACGCGCUGAGGUCACGACGCGAGCUGCCGUUGGCUGAGGUGCUGGUGGACGCCAGACGCACGCAGUUCCUCAUGAGGUUCCUGACCGACCAGUUCCCGGGGGAGGAGGGCAACCUCCGCUUCUGGGUGCACGUGCAGACGCGCUUCCUGCCUCUGAUCCAGACCACGCUCUUCUCCGUGGCGCUUUUCGAGGAGGUGCAGCGGCACGUGAGGCACGUGUUCAACAGGUUCUUGGUGGGGGAGGGCGAGGCGGCGGAGGGCAGUGCAGCCACGCGCGUGUCGGAGACUGUGCGCCGCGCGACGCUGCAGCAGAUCAUGAAGCUGCAGAGCGAGCCGUUCUCCCCUCCACGCUACGCUAACCUGUUCCGGGCUGCGCAGGACUGUGUGUGGGAGUGGCUGCAGACCGACGUGUACCAGAAGUUCCGCAUGUCGAGUUUGUAUGUGGUGCUGGUGGUGGAGACGGAAGACCUGGAGACCGACCAGCAACUGCGACGGCUGAGUGAGCACGUGCAAGCGACUGUGAAGAAAAGCGCGACAAUGCGUCAUGAAAGACAAAGCGAAACGAUACCGAAGCUGGCGAGGCGGAAGAGCGAAGCGCAACUCAAGGCCAACGCUGUGCUCCCAGCGUUGGUGAAGAUGCCAAUCAAGCGACCUAUGAGUUGUUUUGCACUGGAGAUGAGCGGGAAGCUGCAACGGAAACUCAUCCAGCGUACCUGGUAA